CCGAUUUCUUGAAACCACAUUGCUCGUUCAUGUCUCUCCCCACGACAGCUCUUCAAACUUGCUGUACACGCUGGGCACAGAGCGUAUAACAGUCCCAUACUAAACCUACGCCAGGGUCCACCAUGCCUUACUUGCAGAAUGGCGGCGCGCAAGUCCCGCUCCGGGAGCACCUGCCGUCAUGGCUCCCUGCACCAUCUAUAUCUCCCGUUGACGUCCUUGUAUAUCCCUCGAUCGCGGUCUACCCUUCGACGACUCCGACUGCUGUGUCAAACCCUGCGCCGGAUGCCCUCUAUAUACACGACCUGCCUACCAUCGACAUUCCUACCGGCCAUCCCCCGAAUGAGCAUACGUCUGGGCAAGUUCCCACGUCUAUCGCUAGUACUGAGGACUCGUCAGAGCCAUUGGACGAUCAGAUGAGGGGACGGAAGCCGGCCAUUGCCGCCGCUGGGACAUUUUUUGGCCUCUUCUCGUUCUCACAGUUAUAUCAGAAUGUGCUCUUUGACAAGAUCACACCAUGGUCGGAGCGGGUGGAGGAGAAGGCAUGGGUUGCCUCGUCAGAGUCAUGGAUAGAAAGGAAGACAUGCUCAUGGUUUGGCAUGUGCGGGAUUACACAUCUGAAUAGGUCACGGUGGACCAGUAAGGGCAAGAAGCAAUUACCGCUGGACGGUGAAGCUUCCGACAAAUUAGAUUUGAGCAGGUUCAAGCAGGAUGCCAGGAUAUUACCUGCUGGCUACGACGAGAGCGAAGUGGUUAAGAUCCCACAGUAUGUCUUGGACCAUGCUCCAUUGAUCCAUCUCUUCUCUGGCGAGAACUUCUGGCCAUGCGAUAUGACAGACCACCUGAUACAUACAACGCCUCAUCUCAACUACACGCCGCUCCAAGCCGCCGACAAUCACCCAGACGUUCGCUAUUUGGAUGGGCUAAACAAGUGGGGUCGAUUUGUCUACUUGCAAAGCGACGAUAACGUUGAGGAUCGUCCAAAAUGGCUAGGAGGGGGCACCAAUAUCCCCGAGGUCCCAAGUGAUGGUGAUGAUGGCUCUCAUUGGCAUAAACAUGAUGAAGAGGGGCCCCAUGGUGGAAGCGGUAGAGACUACAGAAAGGAACCGUGGUGGCAUGCAGGCGUUGGCGACACCAAGGAUCGAGGAGGCAUUCGCCCAGACAUUACGUCUUCGGGACGUCUUGUGCCCACUAGCACCCCGGACGCCGACAACCUUAUAGAGCCCGAAAACAUUUGGCAACCAGAGCUUAUGAAGGAUCGCCGCCGUUUUGAAGGAAAGAAAGUGGUUGGUGGCCGAAGCGAUGCACCUGCAGUACUCGUCGUGGUGCCCAAGGGCGAUGGUGUCGUGGACGCCUUCUGGUUCUUCUUCUACAGCUACAACCUCGGAAACACGGUCUUCAAUGUGCGCUUCGGCAACCACGUCGGCGACUGGGAACACACCACUGUGCGUUUCCACAAUGGCGUCCCUAAAGCAGUGUUCUUUAGUGAGCAUGCAUUUGGUGAAGCAUACACCUGGGACGCCGUAGAGAAGAUCGGCAAGAGGCCUGUCGGUUUUUCUGCGACUGGCACUCAUGCCAUGUAUGCUACAGCAGGCGUUCACCCCUACGUUCUUCCUGGCGGCAUACUGCACGACGUUACCGAUCGCGGUCCGCUCUGGGAUCCCAGCAUGAACAUGUAUUCGUACACGUACGAUUACCAACGCGACCACCUCGCAACCUCGAACAUUACCCCAGAAGCCCCCAUCGGCUUCUUCUACUUCGCCGGGCAUUGGGGUGACAAGUUCUACCCACUCAGUGACCCUCGCCAGUACCGCUUCCUGGGCCAAUAUCACUACGUCAACGGACCUUUGGGACCACGAUUCAAGAAUCUAGGUCGACAGCAAAUCUGCCAGGGCAAUGGGGAUUGCAUAUUGAAGAAUACUCUGGAUAGCAAACGACAAAGGAAGAUGAAGAGAUAUCCACAGGUUGGUGAGGGAGAGCAAAUGACGGAAGACGACGCAAAGAAGGUCUUUGGAUCCGAGUAUGACUCUGCAUCUUAGGCGUUACACGACACGAUAUCCAUGAUUCCCACGCUCAUUUUAGAUUGUUCGGCGUUGGCGGUUGCUUUUCCCGGCUGUAGGUUACACAUGCUUCGAGAUACCUACAUACAAGCAUGAGCGCAUUAGAUUGCUCAGGACUGAUAUCGUCCACUGUCUGACUCAAACGGUGAAGCCUCGACCUGUCUGUGCCCACCUGGCAAGUGGGAAAGAAAUUUCGAGAAGAGUUUGGUCAAAACACCACGGUGAUGCCGCGGGUAGGUUAGGCGGGCGAGCUUAGCCGCAAGAGUGAUAUAAUCUUCGCUGACGUCGAUGACACGUCGAGCGUCAUUGCGUAAUCGCAGACGCUCAAUGCGAUGAGCUUGUCGCUUGAUGAAGACAGCAGAGGAUACACCAGGCGGUUGACAGAUGAUGCAUGAGGAUUACACGGCAUGAUCUGUCAACCAGCCGGCCCGUUG